AAGGUUUGUAGUUUGUCUUUUCUAAUGUGCUAAUAGUAAUUAUUAAUUUAAUUAAUUAUUGAUUAAAUGGCAGUGUAGUUAUUGUAAUGCAGGUUUAAUUUGUAAUGACAUCCCCCCCCCCGUCACUUAACUCUUCUGCACACUUAACUGUGCACCAAGGCACACCUACACCACUAUACACCCACCCACCCACCAUCUAUAUACACCACCCACACACCUGCCCACUCAGGCAACCUGUUUAUCUCAGAAACCACCUGCCCACUGAAGUCUCCUAACAAGAAGUCCAGGUUAACAGCACUAAACUUGUGGGUAAUGCACUUAUUUUUACUCUAGGUGGCAAAUACAAACCUUCUGGUAGUGCUGCAGCUGACAUGGAGGACUAUCUGCCGGACAGUGAGUACUUGAUAUCACAGCCACAGUCACAUUCCAAGAGAGGAAGAAAAAAGCCAGUCAUUAAAAAGUCACAGGAAGAACCUAGUCAACAGUCUGGCAAGUUUGGAGAAGCUGGGAAUCAAACUGAAUCUGUUAUGGCUAGUUCCAGUGUUGGUACAACAGAGCACAUAGAAAAGGCUAGUGAUACGCCAGAAGGUAUAUCGAAGAAAAACAACACAACAGUAAGAAAAGGAAGAAGGGGAAUGAUGAGGGUGACGAUUGAACCAGAAGAACUAGAGGAAGAAGAAACAAGUGAAAACUCAACAAGGAGGGGAGGGAAAGGAGUGGUGGAGACAAAUGAGACUGAAGAGGAAGACAUUCAAAAGACGACUUCUGCAGCUGGAAGAAAAAGGGGAAGGCAAGCAGCAAGAACGAGCGUUUUAGAGGAGGAAGACAAGGAGAUGCCUGUAACUAAAUCAAGAAGGGGACGGAAGGGAAAUCAACUACAAGCUGAAACAACUUCCGUGUCAGAAACACCACUCAAAACACCUUCAGAUAUUGCAAGAGUACAAGAGGUAACUGAUUCUGAACCAGCAACAGUUGUGGCCGUAGAACCUCUUAAUGUGCGCAGAGGAGGAAGAGGAAGGGGAAGAAAGGGAAUGGCAGCUAAAGAAACAAUGCAGACAAUGGAGGAUCAAGGUGAAGAAGCAUCUGGUACUUCUGUUGAACCUCAGCCAGAAUCACAUGUAGAAGCCAUGUCAACAAGAGGGAAAGGAAAAGGAAAAGGGAGGGGAAAGAAAAGUCAACCCGCAAGUAAUGAAUCAAUGGCAACAGAAUCUGUUGAUGCAGAGGUAUCUGCCAUUUCUGAAGAUGUUCAGCCACAACAAGCCAUAGCUACACCUGCCAGAGGAAGAGGGAGAGGCAAAGGCAGAGGAAAGAAAGCACAGUCUACUCCAAGCAUUGAUCAACAGUUAGGGGCACCUAGUAGAAGUUCUUCUCCACACUCAGUUCCAGAGACUCCUGCCAUCAAUGAUGAAUAUUUGCCACCACCGGAAUCACCUGCCAUAGCUGCAGCCUCAAAAGGGAAGGGCAGAGGAAGACAAGGAAGAGGAAAGAAAAUGCAGCAUUCAGUCACUGAGUUAGAGGCAGAAGAAAAAACAUCUCAGCCAGAAUCAGAAAGCUCUCAAACAAGAAAAGGACGGAGCAAAGGAAAAAUAGCAAGGGAAAGCACAGAGCAGAACUCUGACAUUGCUGUCACAUUGUCAGAAAGUACAGAAUUUAGUGAGACAAUUGGAGAUUCAGAGGAAAUUUCAACUGCUGGAAGUAGCAAAGGAAGCCGUAGGGGCAGGCAAAGAAAAGAGGCAGUGGAGGACUCAGAAUCAGUGGAGGUCAAGGAAACUCCAGCAAAGAAGAGCAGGCGUGGAAAAGAGCCCUCUGUAGUUCAUAGUCCAUCUUUAAAUCGAGGAAAGUUACCAGGUGAAAGCAAGCCUAGAAUCAUGUUCACUGGUCUCGUUGAUAAGCAGGGAGAGAAGGUGGUGACAAGUCUUGGAGGUCAACUGGUGGAUAACAUUCACAACUGCACACAUCUGGUUACAGAUAAGGUGCGACGUACUGUCAAGUUCCUAUGUGGCCUAGCUAGUGGGCAAGUUAUUGUUUUGCCUUCAUGGCUGGAUGCUUGUAAAAAGGCAAAGAGUUUUGUUGACACCUCGCCAUUUUUUGUCAAAGAUCAAGAUGCAGAGAAGCAAUAUAAGUUUACUCUUCAAAGAUCCCAUGAAGUUGCUCUUACAAAGGGUCUGCUUGAGGGUUAUAAGAUUCAUGUAACAAAGAAAGUUAAACCAGAACCUUCACAAAUGAAAGAUAUAAUUCAAAGUGCUAAAGGAGAGUUUUUGUCCAGUAUGCCAAGAAGUAAAGAUGACAGAGUUUUUGUAAUUUCUUGUGAAGAGGACAAAAGUGUUUGUAAGAAGCCACUAGAAGCUGGCAUCCCUGUGGUUAGUGCCGAAGUACUUCUUACAGGAGUGCUACGACAAGAGCUCAACCUUGAGCAACACAAAUUAUUUGCAGAUGAAAUGUCCGAUGCAUCACAGGACACAGCCAGUUCAGGUGGGCAAAGUAAAAGAAGACGAGAAACAGAGACUGGAGCAUUAUCAUCUUCCAUGGCAGAAACAAAAAGUACAGGAUCCAAGAGAAGAAAAAGAUAAACUGUUCAUUCCAUAAACUGAGAUGUUUCUGGCAUUUAAUGUUGCUCGAAGCAAAUCGUCUUGAACAGCGGUCAGACCUGUGGAUCAUUGGUUUUUUAAUGCCUGAUGAUGAAUGGAUUUCAUUUGGUAAUCACAGUUGACGUAAGAGAUGAUUGUCAAAGUCUUGAACUACCAGAGAAGACAGUUCAUUUUAUUAAUGAUCAUUGAAAGACAGUUUCAGAGAGUUGGGAAAUAACAUUAUCAGCUUGUAAUAUACAUUGGUUAGUGGGACUUGAAAAUGGUGGUUGUUGAUGUCAAGUCACCUUACACCUUUUAAAAAAGUUAUCUACUAAGUACGCUUGAACCUUGCCUCAUCUAGAAGCCAGAUAUCUCCAUCUUGAACUCAAAUCACUUUCCCUUGGAAAAGUUUUUUCAGUUAUUUACUUUUGGCCAUCUUAAACCCACUGUUUUUCAUUUUCCUCGAGAGUUUAAGAUAGUGGGAUUCAACUGUUAGUAGUAACUGCAUUUGAAACAUGACAUGAACUCAGCACAAGCACAUGCCAAAUUUUUAUCCUGUCAACUAAUUAAACAUUAAAAAUUUGAGCAACUGAAAACAAAUUGUUGUUUAAUCCUCAAAAAGUUAACCACAAAGCACGGUAAAUUCAAAUUUUGCGUUGCUAUUUGUAUAUUAAAAAAUAAGUCAGUUGCAUGGUAAUUAUAUAUAAGGGUAAUUGCAUAAUAAUUCUUAUAAAGAAUGUUUAUUUUAAAAUGUUACAAAAUCCUUUGAGAGUGAGAAUUGGAUGUAUGUUUAUGUGUAUGUGUACGCUGUAACUGCUCACUAAAAUUGUAGAGUAUAAUUGGACAAUUUUAUCUUUUGCAGGUUGUGUUCUUAAAUGAAAAAAAACUUCUGAAUGUAACUCUAGUCUUAAUACAGGGGUUUCCAUAAGAAAGCCUUUAGUUAAAACAGCUGCAAAGUGGUUUUAGAAUGUUUCGAUAAAAAUCAAAGAUUGUUA